CAUAACAACUUUAUGAUAUAUUUUUUAAAACGAUAUUAUUAGAUCUUAGAACAAUGAUCUCUAUAUUGUGGUGGAUCAUGCUGUUCCUUGUAAGUGGCUUGCAGUCUCAAGAGAUUGGCCAGUCCCAAAAACUUGACAAGACGGGUAAUGAGAAAUUGCUUAACUUUCAUCAUGCUGUUAAUGAGGCACGCCAAGAACUAGAGGACCUGAAAUCAUCCUAUGAUGAAGGAUUAGAUUCAGCAACAGAUCAUCGUCAGCGUCGUAAUUCUAUUGAUGAUAUGUUGGCCAGUUUUGCCCAAGAUGCACCCAAAAGUUGUAACGAAGAAGCAGCGGCGUCUGCGGGGUCUGGACAAGAUGAAAAAGCACUGCAAAUGGCAGCCGAUGCCUGGUUUCGUGAUAUCCAGGCCAGCUUGAGUAAAAGGCAAUCCCAAGUGCAAGCAAAGGAGAGCAAUACCGCCAGCAAGCAGGUGCGAGCUGCGCCGGGUAAAGACCAUGCCAAGAAUUUUUAUAACAAUUAUGAGAAGGCAAUGGAGCGUACGGAAAUUGGCAAAGUGAAAUUGAAAUAUAAAAAUGUUCCUGAGGAUACAAUCAUCAUGCAGUCGGAACGCACCAGAACUCCGUAUCAAGAGGAGGAUAGUCAUGCGGCCACACAAUUGGAUAUUAAAUUGAAGCAAGUGCAACAAUUACUCCAUGAUCAUGAGGAAAAGCUGGAGAGACAACGUCUCUACAAGAGCAACAACGACGACAAGGUUAAUGUAAAGACUAGCGAAUCUGUGGAGAAAUUGCCCCAAUAUGGCGAUGGUCCCAUUCCCGAAGGGGUGUACGAGCAGACUUUGGCUCGUCUAAAUUUCCCUCAUUUGCCCUUGAAAGCGAACAAUUUGUCCCAUGAGGCCAACUAUAAGUUAUCCAAAAUUGAGCAGGAGGCUUCCGAACAGGCCUCAAAAAAUCCGAUCAGAUACCCCUUUAAGCGUAGUAGUUCUUCCAAUUUCAAUCCCAUGAACGAGAUCAAGCUUAAGACGAGCAGUCGUCUAAUGAGGAGAGGAAUGGGCCCAUCGUUGCCUAGUAACUCUUUGACAGAUUCGCGGAGAAGCCAUUUGGUAGAUGACAUGAUCAGGCGUAGGGAGAGACAAAUGCAGCAAAGGGAUCAGCGGGAACAGUCACAAUUGGAGGAGCAUGAGGAUUCUAUAAUGCCGCAGCAAUAUGAAGCAUUCUCUAACUCAAAUUUGGAUGGAAGUGAUUCGAUAGACUCACCACAGAGCUAUGAUUAUCGUCUACCUCAAUACGAGCAAUUCCAUUCGCUUAAUCAGCGUACCAAUAUGAGGGAUUAUUCCAGAGUCAAGGACUAUGAGCGUUUCAAAAGAGAACCUGAAGGCAAAAUAACGGAGAAGUUACAGGAAAAUGAUGCCGAUCAGACAGAAGAUACUAAACUGGAGUCUAAAGAUCAGCAAAACCAUCAAGAGAAGGAAUCAAGCGAUGCCAACAAAGGGGAAACAUCGUUAGAGGAACAUCAUCAGGAUGAGGAAAAAUCUAUAGAAACUCCAAUUAAAGAUGAAACUAAAGAGGAAAAUAAACUGGAAUCCAGUAAAUCGGAUAUAGAAGCUGAAAAUGAAGCCAAGAGUGAUAGUGAAAACGAUUCCUCUUUACAUUCAAGUAAAACGGCGAUUGCCAAGAAUAAAGAAGAUGAUUCCAUGUUGCGUUUGAAUAUGAAACUUAAAUUGGAGGACCCACUUAAGUCUGCAGCAGCCACUGAAGAGGCAUCCGCAGUUGCAGCUCAACCAACUAAGGUUGAUCCCUGUAAGGCUAGUCAAUCCAUCAAAGUUAAUUCAGAUGCAGUAGUCAAGCUGCUGGCCAAUGAAAUGUUGCAGUUUAAGACCGACAAGGAGAGAGGCAAACGUGCUAUAAGGAAAACACGACGACGACAUCAACCAAUUGAGGAGCAGCAGCAAUCACAGCAGGAGGAACAUAGACGUUCUAAGCGAUCUGUGGUUGAUUCAGAGGAUCACAAUGGCAAUCACAUGCAUGCGGGUUCCUUGAGCAAUGCGCCGCUGACUUCAGAUGCCGAAGGUGGGGCAAGAAAUGGGGAUGAAGAUGAUGAAGGUGAGUUAAUUAAUCAACAAUUUAAUGGAAUUCAUUAUGAUAAUACAAGGAAUCAGGUGCCUUUGUUGACUUUACGCCAACAGCAACAAACUUAUCCAUUGGUACCGCAACAGCAAGUGCAAUAUCCACAGCAGCAGCAACUACAACAACUCCAACAACAACCGCAUCAAGCGUCCAAUUUUCGAGCAAGUUUCAAUUUGACUCACUUUUUUAAUGAGCUAUCGAAAUUGCAGAAAAUUCAACAACCCCAACAGCAACAGCAGCAGCAACAACAACAGCAGCAACAAGCCAAACUGCAACAUCAAAUAUAUCAGCAACAGACUCAACCACAUCAGCAGCAGCAACAGCAACAACCGCAGCAGCAGCAGCAAUUUCAACAGCAAUCGCAGCAACAUGCACAAAUGAAUUCAAUACCAAAAGCAAUACCCAAUGAAAAUAAAUCGAUUUUGCCAAUGAAACAAUCGCCAGUUCAUCGUUAUUUGGGACCAUUUUUUAAUAGCAAGCAAAGCAAGUCCAAUAUAUUUAACAGUGAUCCCUGUUUAACUACAGUAGAACCUCAUUUAACAACAAUCAAUCCCAAUUGUGUGCCCAUUACCCAACCAUCAGGGUCACCAACAUCAUCUACAGGGGAAAACACAACGACUACAAUGCCCGGCGCAACACCAACUGGUUCCGAGGAUGCAACAACUUCAGCAACAGCUGCAACACCCAUUGACAACAUUUGCAACAAUCCCGACAUAAUGAAACUAAAUGUCUCCAUUAAUGCAAAUGUUUGCGGGGAUCCCAAGACAAAACAAUUCUAUGGCAAUGGUUCAAUCAAUUUGCAACCUGGUUACGACCGUUUAAAUUCCGAAUAUGAAAUAGAUGAUCAGUUUCUUGAUCAAGAACAAGAAAAGAAUGAUGCACUGGUCGAUGAAAUAAAUGAAAACUUAGACACGGAAGAACGAUAUGCCCGUCAAGCACGUAGACACCAGUUGAAAGAACAAAAGAAAAGAAAAGAUGCAAAGGAAAAAACAAAGGCCAAAAAGUCUAAUACAUUAGGUUGUAAAGAAAGUGGAAAAUGCACUGAACAACAUUCUGAUGGACCUUAUUCGGAUAGUUAUGAAAAGCUGAUAACUGGUAAAGUUUCCGAGGAUAUUGUCAAUGCUGUCUUUGAAGCGGUUAACAAUGAUCCAAGUUUGGAUCGUUUAGCUGGUGUUUUGGAACGAAAUCGCAAGUGCUUACAAACGAAACCCAAAAAUUUCUAUCAGAUACGCAACGAUCGCACAGAUCAAUAUCUAGAACAUACCGAAGAAAUGGUCAGGCAAACUAUGGAGGCCAUUAGCGAUAUUAUAGACAAACAAGUGAGGCAACGUGCUUGUAUACCACUGAGACCCGAUCUGAUGGAAUUCUACGAUACUAUAGUCAAAACUAUGGCCGAACAGAAAAAAUGCCGCGAGAAACGUGAGAGCACUUUAGAGAGUUUGGCAAACGAUUUCAGUCAAGAUGUGCGAUUGCUUGACCCAAGUAAAAUAGAGCAAAAAUCAAGAAUAGUUAAGAAACUAUUGCGACAAUAUGAUGAAUUGCCCAUGGAAGAUCAGCAAUCAGUCUCGAAUAUACGGGAUGAGUUGCUUAUGGAUUUGAUCUAUCUAAGAAAAAUGGCCGAUACAGCGGAACGUAUUCAACGUAAUGCCCAACUAAAUCAGGUUCUAAAGCAAUCUUCGUCCGGCAAAGGCAAUAAAAUGUUAAUCACUGGCGAGUUCACCCCAAGAUUCAUCAAACUGAUAAAGACGGCCGAGCUCUUCAGAGGCGCAGGGGCGGAGCACCAACAGCAGCAGCAACAGGCAAAAGCUUUUAUAGGUCUAUGAACCAAAGUGAAUUUUAUUCUAGUUUACCAUUCAAUUUAAUUUUGUUACGUCAUUUUGUUUGAUUUAUUUUUCUACUUACAACAAUUAUUAAGAACCAAUUAUUAUUCAUAACAUUUUUUUGAUUCCCUGUACCAACAUCUCAUGUAUAUAUACUUUGUUUUUCAUAAGCAUGUACAUACAUACAUAUAUAGGUAUAUAGGAACAAUGCUAUUAAAAAACAAGAUUAACAAGCCUGAUUAAA